AUGUUCUCAAACUCAGGAUUCUUCAAUAACGUUCCGUGUCCAGACAAACACAAUUGCAAGCGUCCUCAAUGUCUGUUCUCGCAUGCCCCCAAUGCAAAGCAGCCAGCCACCCCGUCAAACAAUGCAAUAACCUCGAACGAGACCCCUCAGAGGAAACCAAUUGCAACGUUUCAUACAAUCCCAUCUAAACGGGCCGCCUCGUCUUCAAUCAAAUCUUACGCCUCUACUGCUACUACAUCUACUCAGGAGCCACCGAGAAAAGUUCAGAGGCUUGAUGCCGCAGCAAAGAGCACGAAGGUGUCAGCAAGUCAGAAAACAAUUGGUGUGCCCAUCUUGAAAAUGAGUCCAGCCCAUUCAAAGGUUGCCAUUCCCGUGCGACAAGCUAUGCUCAAAACGAUAUAUGAACACUUUGCUGAGUUGUACUCGGACAUUCUGGGACGAGAACCAAGCCUUGCCUCUGGACAUGCACUUGCUCAAGAGGAUGAAGUCUAUCAAUCGUCCACAAAGCUUACAUAUCGAAAUGCGGUCAUAUCCUGCGUAGCUUCUUUAAAGAAACGGAAAAAACCUGAUUCUCUAACGCAUGAAUCCGUUGGCACUGAAGGUACUCUUCAAAAGCGACGCGAUACGCAUGAUAAACUACGUGCCUUGAAGCUUACAAAGAAGCAUCUCUCUCCACAUAUAAUGCCUCUUGAAGCAAUGCAGAAAUGGGGUUUCAUGACAGAGAUACCAGACUCUCCUGGCAGCUCUAAUCCCAGUGAUGAAGGCAAGAUAAAACAAUGUGAACGAUGUAACGAACAGUUUGUUGUAAAACGGAAAGAAGAGGCGGGUGAAUGUGUUUAUCACUGGGGGAGGGCAAUUAUGAAUCGCAUGAAUGGAGAAAAACUAAGAGUGUGGAGUUGUUGUUCCGAGGUAGCUUCGGAUACCAAGGGCUGCAGCCGAGGUCCACACGUCUUUUCUGAAUCAUCGCCAGAGGAGUUACACGCACGACAUGCCUUCUCCUUUACGAGUCCUGCCAUUGAGGAUCCUGAUACCUUAGAUACUGCAUUAGAGGUGGUAUGCUUAGAUUGCGAGAUGAUAUACACCACAGGUGGUGUGCGAGUUGCUCGUGUGUCCGUUGUCGAUGGCUCUGGCCAAGAAAUAUUUGAUGAGUUGGUGAAGAUGGAUGAGGACGUUGAGGUCAUAGAUUACAAUACACGUUUCUCUGGAAUUACUGAAGAAGAGUACAAGGAAAAGGCUGUUCUUCCUUUAAAGUCCAUACGACGAGCGCUGGAUGCGUUCAUCAACUCGGAUACGAUUAUAAUUGGACAUGCCUUGGAGAACGAUCUUAAGACACUCCGCAUGGUUCACCUUAAAUGUGUCGACACAGCGAUUCUUUUUCCUCAUCGUGCUGGACCACCUUAUCGACGUGCACUACGCGAUUUGACUCGCGAGCUGCUGAGUCGUAAAAUCCAGACAGGUGGCGGCACUUCCGGCCAUUCGUCCGUGGAAGACUCGAUCGCUACUCUGGACCUCGUUCGUUAUUUCGUAAUUAAUAAUCCCGAAGGGAAGAAACCUGUAGCAGCAGGAUCUACUACAGGCAAAUCGACCAUGACGAAAAGUACAUAAUAAACCUUUGGAAACUAUAUCAGAUGAUAAUGAGUGAAAGGAGCAGAACAGAGGGACGCCCUCGUUUAUACCGUAAACAAGUCAAUCUAUAUUCACCUAGACAAUCAC